GCACCCAAUUCCCCAAAUCAGAAAAACCAAGACACCAUUAAUUCAUUAGAGCAACCAAACAACGUAAGAGCUAGAGGGUUUAGAAAAUACCCCAAAGAUCAGUUGCAACACGACAACAACGUUGGACAAGAACCAAGCAUGGUUUGCUUUUGUUUUCUGGUGGAUCAGACAAAGAAAGUGAAGCGGAGCAAGCCGGUGGCCGGGUCCUGCUCGCGGUGCGGCGGAGGUGCCAGUGUAGCAGACAUGAUUACACAAACCAGAUUUUGCUUUGUUCCUUUCUACUGCAAAUCUUGGAAGGCUAUCAUGUGCACUUUCUGUGGAGCCAUGCUCAAGUCUUAUACAUGAUCAUAAAUUAUUUUCCCAGCAAACUUUUAAAUCGUAACCACACUCAUCAUCGUUAAGGUUAAAUACAUAUGCCAAAAAUCUUGGCAAAUAUUGGUAGUGGAAUGUUUAUUAAUAUUCAUAAAUAUUGACCAAAUAUUAUUUAUAAA